AUGUUUUUUGAGCGCAAAUUUCAAACCCAAAUCAUUCAGGAUGAUUUACGAAAUAAAUCCUCGGUAACUUAUACCAGGAAAAAGAAAACAGUGAUAGGAAAAGUCAAGGACAAAGCUAAGAAUUACAUGGUGUUGUUUUUGGAAACUUCUUCCAUACAUGGUUUGAAUCAUUUGGUGGCUAGUGGAAGGCAUCCUUUUGAAGUGGUUCUCUGGUUGAUCAUAGUGGCAUUAUCAGUAUUUGGUUCAAUAUAUUUAUCGCGGACGACAUGGAUUCGCUACCAGUUUUCACCAACUGUCGUCUCCAUGGAUCGUGACAUGUUCGCUUGGAACACUACGUUCCCCUGCGUCACCAUAUGUCCGAACAACCAGCUGGACGACAACAAACUUAAACUUUAUUUGAAAAAUUCCAAGGAACCCGAUAAAGAAAAACUUGGGGAUUUUAUUAACGCCCUUGCCAAUGUCACCUACGACAACUUCGAUACCAUGCCAGACUACGAUGGUAUACCAUCUGAUAAGUUUAUGGAGCUUCUUCUUAAUUUAUCAUCUCCUUUUAAGCCGACUCUUACUAUUGGAGCUUCCGGAAUUCUCCUAGACAUCAUACCAACUAUAACGGAGAUGGGGCUUUGUUAUGCUGUGAACUCUAAAGUGGCCAUAUAUAAUUCUCCUUCAUACAGGGAUGCUAAUAGAUGGGAUAUAAUAGAAAAUCAAAACAACACAUUCUUCGUCCACCCACUAGAUGGGGAGGUGUUUGCACAAGUUAUCAAUAUUUCUAAUGCUUACGAUGCUUAUAUCCACGGCCCUUCUGAAGUUCCAGACAUAUCCAGCAAGAUGCAACAUUCCGCUAAAGAUUUCUACCAUAAGCUGUUUGUUACUGCCGUUACAGUUUACACCACUCCAGAAGCUGCAAAGCUCAGCGUCGCCCAGCGACGGUGUCGGUUUCCCGAAGAGAACAUUUUGCAGCACAAUUCUGUGUACACAUACACCAUGUGCCGCAUGGAGUGCCGCAUCAGACUUUGCUUGAAGUACUGUCAGUGUAUCCCGCAUUUCUAUAGGAAAAUUGGAGACGAGAAAAUAUGCGAUGUAGCUGGACUUCACUGCCUCAGCAAACAUAAAGAUAUACUAUACAAACUGCGUGACAAAGACGGCAAGAAAAUCCACUGCGACUGUCUGCCGAUAUGUGACGACGUGAACUAUGUCAUACAAUCAAGUGUAAGUGUAAGAUGUUAAAUUUUAUUGUUUGUGGCUCCGAAACUACUGAAAAAAUACUUUUAUCAACGGGAAGCUAUACCAUACACGGGUGACAUAAGCGGGGUACAACGCGGAAAAACACCUUGUGUCUUUACAAAAACCAAACUGGAAUUUAAACGAUAA